AAUGACGAGUUAUAGACAAUGGAUUGUUGAUGAUAAAUUAUGGACGAUGAACUCUGGAUCGAAGAGUAACUUGUGGACAAUGAAUCAUAGAAAUGCAAAUAAUUUAUAUGAUGCUUACUUCCACCAUUACAAAUUUGAAAUUUCAAAGAAAUAUGACAUGAUAACCAUUAUGUACAUGAUACCAUUAACACCAUGUGGAUGGUAAUUUGUAUGAGAGUGAUUUGUUGGACAUGUAUUUAUGUCCACGAACGGGAGAAACAUGGACAGAAGCGUAUGUACAUACAUGUGUAUAUAUGCACAAAAAAUUGGUUAGGAUUGAAAGAAGAAGAAACAACAGUUAAAAUGUUGUUCCAAGAACCAAAGAAGUUACAAAAACCAUAGACAAAAUGAAGAUAUAUGUGUGUGGACAUAGAAAAAAGCGUUGUGGACAGACGAAUUGUGGACACGCAUAUAUCUCACAAAAUAGUAGUUGUGGACGAAAGAUGUGUCCCCAAGACUAAAAUAGCUCAAUGAUGUGCUUAUUUUAUGCAAAUAUUGUGUUUGGGGAACAAUGACAGAGCUAUUACCUCUAUAUUGUGAAGCUUAGCCUCAAUAUGUGGGCUCUAGGGUGUACGGCUGAUGCGUGGGUUUUGGGGGUAUAAGGUGAUCCAUAUAAUGAAUUGUUUGAACAAAUGAUCCAAGACAUAGAUGAAUUGUCGAAAGAGAUUAGGGUUUGUAAUUUGUGAGAGAUUGGGAAAAGUCACAAUUUUUUUUUAGUUUCGGCUUCAAAAUAGGUAACCAGACUGAGCUUACACUAGAAAGAUAUAUUAGACAAUCAACAAGGAAAAUAUGUGCUUCAAGCGCAAUGUGACUUUUUAUGUAAUUGUAAAGUCAAAAAGUGACCUUAUGUGUAAUUUUUUCAAGAAUGAAACAUGUCUGAUACCAAUAAGUAUUUUGAUUGCUUUCUUGUUUACUUCAGUUGACCUUCGAGACAGAGCCGCUCCUAGUCUUUAUAGGGAUAAAAGCAAAAUAGUAAAAAAAAAAAGAUCUAUUAAUUAACUGAUUCUGAAUUUUUUUUUUAAAGUCUUCUAAGGAGAUUCGAACUCACUACCUCUUAUUCUACUAACACCAAUAUCAACACCACAACUUUUACAUUCUGAAUGCUAGAACUAGCUCAACUCCAAGGCAUUUCAGAUUUCUUGUGGUAGAAGAAUGAAAUAUGUCUGCUACAGGUAAGUACUUUGAUUGCUUUCUUGUUUGCUUCAAUUGACCUUGGAAUAACCAGAGAAGACCAUACAACAAAUUUACAGCAGUAUUUAAUUAACAUGAUGGAUUAUAUUAGUUAUUAUAGUUGUCAUGGUUUCUUGAAUUCUAUUAUCAUAUUCAUGGUCAAAUUUGUAAUGCCUAUUUGGAAUAUAUUUUGCGUUUCCUGGCUACAGUUCCAUAGGAGAAAAUGUUAGUUUGACUUUUUCCUGAAUUUAUGAGUAGAUCUUGUUUUGCAGGUCCACAGAUUGUUUGUUCCCGAAGAGAAAACAUCUAUGCAGAAAAAAAACCCCACAAUUUCUCGCUCCCAGUAGAUAUGGAUUGUACACUGCAUUUGGUUUUGAUCAUCUCCUGCAUUUAUCUUACUUGCCUGUCAAGUCAACAAGAAACCAGGUUUGUCUACAAUGGUUUCGACCAAGCAGACCUUUUUACCGAUGGUCUCGCCAAGAUCCUUCCUGGUAGGCUUUUGCAGUUGACAAAUACUACAGAGCGGCAAGUGGGUCAUGCUUUCUUCAAGCAGUCAUUUGAUUUUGCUCCAUCUGAAUUCUUUACGCAUUUUGUGUGCGCCCUGGUGCCUCCUAAGUUGGGAGCUGAUGGUGGCCAUGGGAUUGCCUUCGUUGUAUCUCCUUCCAUGAAUCUCUCUCAUGCAUCUCCAACUCAGUACUUGGGCGUCUUCAGCAUCCCAACAAAUGGGACUUCCUCCCCUCAUCUUCUAGCUAUUGAACUCGACACUGUUAGUACGGUAGAGUUUGAUGUGCUGGAAAAGCCUCACGUUGGGAUUAGUGUAAACAGCCCACUAUCUGUUGAGUCUGCCCUCCCAUCUUACUUUUCCAGUGCGCUGGGGAGUAAUGUAAACAUAAAUCUCUUGAGUGGAGAGCCUAUCCAGGUGUGGGUGGACUACGAUGGAACGUUGCUUAGUGUUUCACUAGCCCCUAUAAACAUAGAAAAACCAAACCGGCCUCUUAUGUCAAGAUCCAUAAAUCUUUCAGAAAUAUUUGAAGAUAAGAUUUUUGUGGGCUUCUCCGCAUCUACAGGGCAACUGACCAGUAACCAGUAUAUACUUGGGUGGAGUUUUAGUAGGAGCAAAGAACUAUUUCAGGCCCUGGACCUCUCUAAACUCCCUCACGCUCCUCUUCCCCAAGAUGAACCAGAGAAGGCUCCUCUUCCUAGAGAUAAACUAUCUCCACUGCUUAUUGGUUUGGUUGUCGUGUUGGUGAUCCUUGUACUGAUAGUUCUUGGAGGACUUUAUCUGUAUAGGAGGAAUAAGUAUGCAGAAGUAAGAGAGUCCUGGGAAAGGGAAUACGGUCCACACCGAUUCUCCUACAAAUCUCUGUAUAAAGCAACAAAUGGGUUUGGGAGAGAUGGUCUUAUAGGGAGAGGUGGGUUUGGAGAAGUCUACAAAGGAACUCUUCCCCUAAGCAGGCAUAUAGCUGUAAAACGACUGUCACACGAUGCAGAGCAAGGAAUGAAGCAGUUUGUGGCUGAAGUUGUGACUAUGGGAAGCUUACAGCAUCGGAACUUGGUUCCUCUUCUCGGGUAUUGUAGAAGAAAAGGUGAGUUACUUCUGGUAUCUGAGUACAUGCCCUGCGGUAGUCUUGAUCAGUACUUGUUUCAUAACCGAAACCCAUCUCUUUCAUGGUUGCAAAGGAUUUCUAUUCUUAACGACAUUGCCUCGGCUAUUAGUUACCUGCAUACAGGAGCUAGUCCAGCUGUUUUGCACCGGGAUAUUAAAGCUUCUAACGUCAUGUUAGAUUCCGAGGGUAAUGGAAGGUUAGGAGAUUUUGGAAUGGCUGGGUUUCAUGACCCCAGAGCCAACUUAUCUUCAACAGCUGCGGUGGGAACCAUAGGUUACAUGGCACCUGAGCUAAUAACAAUGGGGACUUCUACAAGAACUGAUGUGUAUGCCUUUGGUGCUUUCAUUCUUGAAGUAACUUGUGGAAGACGACCUGUAGAACCCGAGCUGCCCGUGGAAAAGCAAUAUCUGGUCAAGUGGGUUUGUGAAUGCUGGAGAAGUGAUUCUUUACUCGAGACCAGAGAUCCAAGAUUGGGAGGAGAAUUCUUAACCGAGGAAGUGGAGAUGGUUCUUAAACUCGGGUUGCUCUGCACAAAUGCUGACCCAGAAUCAAGACCUGCCAUGGGACAAGUGGUGCAAUACCUAAACCAGAGCAUACCCUUGCCAGAUUUCUCACCAUAUUCUCCAGGUAUCGGAGCUUUUAUGCCAGUGUCAAUGCUAGCAUCAUUUAACAUUGGUGUGCCCAAUUCAAGGAAUUUGUCAAUGCCUACGUUUGUUUCUCAUACAAUCUUGGAAGGGCAUGGAAGAUGAGAUCUAUGAAACUGUGAAUUAUCUGCAUCUAAAUCUCUUUAGCUACUCAAUUUUUUUUUUUAACUUCAAGAAUUAACUGUUGUUGGUUGAGCUGAGUCUUUUAUGCUAUCUUCUGCAUAGGCUUAGGUGAGAAAUGUUCUGUUUUCCUUAUUCCUAAGUGGCCAACAACAUUAUCUUAGUUUUGUAAAUUUUCUUUUUGUUGGUAGAAUCUUAUUUGUUGACCGUGGAAAAUUAGGAAACCAUUAAUAAGGGAAGUUUGUAUACAUGAGUUUAUAACUAACUCUCUAACAGACUCGUUCUUGUAAUUCUAAUAGAGUCAACUAACAGAAAAUUGGUAAGUGGACGGAGGGAAUAAAUUCAGUGAUACGUAAGAUUGUCUCUCUUACUCACAAGCAAAAGGAAAUUUCAAUUGUUUCCCAAACGGUACAGAAAGAGGACCUUCAAGGUCUUUGGCGAUCCUAAGGUUCGUGAAGAUCUUUAAGCCGUAUUCUACAUUUGUAGCAAAGAUGUCCAUAUUAUUGACGCUCAUCGAUGUUAAAAUUAUUAAAGAGAAUUAAAAUACUGUAUAUGAAAAAUGAAAUAUGUUUCUUCUUUUCUUUUCGCUGCGAUAUGUACAAGAGAAUGAGCACUGAUCGAUGAUAUCGACCAAUCUUGGAUCUGUUGAGAUAAGCUUGAAGAUGAUAGAUCAAGACUGAAGAUUUGCCGUACAAGCUAAAAGGGAUCAUAGUCUAUCCGAGAUCGAAGAUAAAGAUGGUGAGAUAUUUUAGGAGUUAUCUACAACAAUAAAAGCAUUAAGAUUAUGUUUUACGGUUUUAGCUUUAUAUAUACAUC